AUGGCUCUGCCGGUCGCGUGGGCCGCAGUCGGCGCCGGCACGAUCGCGAUGUCGCUGUUUAAACGAGGCAGGAAGAAAGCUGGGGAGUCGUCCAACGCGGCGAAUCCCGCGCUUUCACCUGACACUGACGACAAGCCGUCACUGGAUCCGCCGUCGCCGCCAGCUGUUGCGGAAACAGAUGGCGGCCGGUACGACGCGCCCGGUGACGGCACGAGUGACACGGCCGGCGGCGAGGGGUCGACGCUGCGGAGGAGGCGGGGGAAAGGGGAAGGCGGAAGUAAGGCGGGGGGGACAGCAGCGGAAGCGGAAUCCCCGCGGGAGAGUCGCGGAACUGCGGAAGGCGGAGCGGUGAAUAGCGCGGCGAGUGGGGUGACUGACGACACGGGAUCUGGGGAGGAUUCGCGACCGGCGGCCGAGGCGACCUCGGGAGAAGAUGAUGCAGGCAAUGAGGUUGGCGGUGCAAGCGAAUGCGAAGACGCGGAAGCGUCGGAAAGUGCGGCGGAGGGAGCGGAGGACGAGCAGAGUGGCGGGGAGUUGGCUGGGGAAAGGCGAGAACAAGCAGCGGAAGGGGGAUGCUUGGCAGCAGCAGAAGCAGCACGGGAGGCGAAUACAGCGGCAGUGAGUGCUUGCAAGGCGUCCGAUGAGCCAGGCGCGCGCGGCACGCCUGACGCGCAACGCAAGGAGACUGCUGCUGAAUCCCCACCCAAGGCGGUGCAGCCCCCCACAGCACCGCAGACGAAGCCGCGCCAGCAGCCGCUGGGGGUGUUCGUCUUCUGGCUCGUUUUCAUUACCCUCACGGGGCUUAUAGCGGGGAUAUUUCUCCUGGCGCAGUUUCUGUUCCUGCAGGACGCGGGGCGGCGCGACUUCAUCUCCAUCCCGCCGCUCGUGCGCGCCCACCUGGACCGCGGGCAGACCAUCAAGGUCGCCGCGCCGGGCGCCGCGGCGGGCGGGGCGGGCGGGCGCGGGCAGCAGGGGGAGGUUGAGGUGUUUGUGCGCACGGAGGGGUGGGGGACAGGUCGGGGGAGGAGAUGGGGCGCGGACGGCGGAGGUGGCGGGGGCGGUGGGGACCAAGCGGGGGAAGGGCGGAGUAAGGAGGUGGUGGUGCUGCUGCAUGGGUUGGGCGGCAGUUCAUUCCUGUACCGUGACGUCAUCACUCUCCUUGCUGACAGGGGGCUCAGAGCACUCGCGCUUGACCUCCCAGGGUCAGGGCUAUCCACCAAAUUAACCUCAGAAGAAGAGGGUGCAGCGGCAGUUUACCCUCCACACCAACUCGCGCGAAUCCUAGACAGGGUGUUGGAGGCCCUUGGGAUUGCCGAGCCGGUGCACCUGGUGCUGCAUGAUACGGGCGGCGUGGUCGGCACGUUGUGGGCGGCGGACAGCGUGCAUCGAGUGCGAAGCAUAACGCUCAUUGACACGCCCAUGGAAGAACCUUUCGCUCCCGCAUUUCCCCCCGCAUGGCUCCUCCACUACCCGCAUCUCACUGCCCUUGCUGCCCGCUCUGUCUUCCCCGUUGCUGCCCUCCUUGCCUCCUGCUGCGUCAGCGCUCGCGUGGCGGAUGACGUGGCGCGGGCCCACGCGUACCUGCUGCAGGCGCAUGGGGGCAUCCACGCUGCCAUGCUGGCGCGCCAGCAUGGCAAUCUGACGCAUGACAUGGCGCGGACGGUGCAGCGGCAUGCAGAGAGGGCGCUGGGUCGGGUGCCGAGGCAGCUGCUUUGGUCCGGCGAGGCGGAGGAGCAGGGCGAGGAGGUGCAGUCGCACUGGCCUCUGGCAGACCUCCACCUGCAUGACGGCAAGCGCUGGCCCCAGGAGGACCAUCCAGGGGACAUAGCCGAGGCGAUUGCGAGGUUCGUAGCUGCCCAGCCUCCACUGCCUGCCGUGACAGGCUACAUGGAGGAUAUUCACCAGGGCCCAGGCACAGGGCAUGGUGGCUGGGUUAUACUUCAUCGGUCUGCGGCGAUGGCGGCGCAUGCAGUGCGCUUGCCGAAGACGGGCAUGUCGAUGCCGCUUCGUUUAACGGCGUCCCCGGCUCGCCAAAUCUCAAGUACAUCCUUCAAGCGGGUUCCACUACGUCGAGGCCGCAUGGUUACUCGUGGCGCGACCGAGCAAGAGAAGAAAGCGCUGAUCGUUUCUCCCAAGUCCGCGGCCCCCGCGUUGACCGGCAAGUGGCGCGCGGCAUUCUCGAAGGCAACGCAGCGGUUGGUGGAGCUGGACGCGCGGGGGCAGCGGCAGGUGGUGCAGGCGGAGACGCAGAAGCAGCUGGCGGAAGACCGCGCGCGCGGGCGCUGGCAGGUCAUGUGGGAGCGGACGCGCGAGUGGUUGGCGAAGGAGCGCGCGCGCGGGCAGUUGAAAGUGGCGCGGGCGCACGAGAAGGAGAAGGUGGCGGCGGAGAGAGCGGAGGGGCGGUGGGCGUUUGUGAAGGCGAAGGGGGAGCAGCGGAUCACCGCGGAGAAGGUGCGCGGAAUGUACGACGUGGCGCGCGCAAGGGCGAACGAGCGGCUCACUCAAGUGCGGACGCAGGGGCAGUGGCAGGUGGCAUGGGCCAACGCGCGCAAGAGGCUUGCGCAGGUGGAAGGCACGCUCAAGGCACGAAACGGUGUUGCGCAGGCGGAGGUGAACGCGCGCCUGGCGCAGGAGAAGGCGCGAGAGCGGUUGCAGGUGGCGAGCGCGCGUGAACGGGCGCGGAUGGCGGAGGAGCAGGCCAAGGGGCGCGUGAUGCUGGCGAGCGCGCGGACGAACCGGCAGCUGGCGAAGGAGCGGUUGCGCGGGCGCGUGAAGGUGGCGUGGGCAAAAGCCAAAGAGCGCAUCGAGAAGGAGCGAGCCAAGGGGCGGUGGGCCGUGAUGUGGGCCAAGGCGAACGAGGCGCUGGCGCGGGAACGAACGCGCGGCAGAUGGGAUGUGCUGGUGGCGUCCACGAGACAGCGGCUGGCGGAGGUACGGGAGAAGGGGCGGCUUGAUGUGGCGUGGAGUGGUUGGAAGUGGUUGGAGGAGCAGCAGUGGCCGAGAAGACAGAAAAGGAUUGCAAGCCCUCCGGCGAAGCUGGGUAGUGGCGCUAAGAUCAUCGACCUUCGGAGUGAAAUCGUUCGUGCAGCUGCGCAAGGGUCGGCGGUGGAGCAGCAGCAGGUUGACGGGGUGGUGCAGGACGGAGUGUCGCGCACGAGCAGCAACGGCACAGCAGGAGCUACAGAUGAAGAGAUUCUGGCGUCGAUUCCCGCGCUCGGCGCGACGCUGGACGGCCACGGGGGCUGCGUGUUCCGCGUGUGGGCUCCGCACCCUCAGCGCGCCACCUUAGUCGUCAAGCGCGUCUCGCCCGCCCGCGCUGGCGCUGGUGGCGGUGACGCGGAAGGCGCGGCAGCAGAAGGCGAGAGGGUGGAGAUGGGGCGCGACGGCAACAUGUGGUUCGCGCGAGUUCCGAACGUUGUUGCCGGCGACCGGUACCACUUCGUGUUCGAGUGGGAGGGUAAAAUCCUGGAGAGGCGGGACGCGAGGGCGCGCGCGACGGACUACUCGAGCAACGACUGCAUCGUGGUGGACCCGCGCUUCCCCUGGACCCCCUUUGAGCCGCCCCCGUUCGAGGCUCUCAAUAUUUAUCAGCUGCACGUUGGUGCUUUCACUGGGCGACUGCCGGGUGGCGGCACCUUCGCCGCCCUCAAGGAGAAGCUGCCGUACAUCAAGAGCCUCGGAUUCAACGCCGUCCAGAUGCUGCCAGUGCACGAGUACUGCGGGCAGUGGGGCUACAACCCCCGCCUGCUGUUCGCCCCGCACCCCUUCUACGGCACCCCCCUGGAGCUCCGAGAGCUGGUUGAUGCUGCCCACUCCCAAGGCAUGGCGGUCAUCUUUGACGUGGUGCUGCACCAUCUCGCGCCCAACCUCAACAGCCUGUGGGAGUAUGACGGACCCACCAAGAGGGGAGGGCUGUACUUCGAUGGGGGCGGCGACUCAUCAUGGGGCAAGACCUUUGCGUGGUGGCAGCAGGAGGUGAAGGACAUGGUGCUCGAUGCUGCUCGCCUCUUCCUCCACGAGUACAACGGCGACGGGCUACGGUUUGACUGUGUGCACGCCAUGCCAUGGAAGGUGUCGCAGAGCCUCACGUGGCACCUGCACCGCGAGUUCCCCCACCGUAUCCUCAUCUCCGAGAUCACACCCGAGGUACCGGAGGUGCUAUCAGACGCGGGGUACGACGCGACGUGGAUGCACACGUCCUUCUACAAGAUGCGCUCCUUCAUGCUCGCCGAUGAGCCCCGCCCCCUGGGCCGCCUGCAGGCACUGCUCACCCUGCUGCCCGGCUACUCCAAGUCAACGCAGUGUGUGAAGUACUUCCUGGGGUCGCACGACCAGAUUGGGUGCCGCAGAGAUGGCAGCUAUGACGACGACAUACAGGGCUACCACAGGUACGCAGUGGAGCUGUUCGGGGGCCGCUCGGAUUGGACUGCUCGCGCCAAAGUGCGCAUGUGGUUCGCCUGCCAGGUGUGUGCGCAGGGCAUACCAAUGACGUUCAUGGGGUCGGAGAGCAUGCAUCCCAGGUGGUGGGGGGUCACUCCCAGAGACAUGCUCGAUUGGCAGUACACCGAGGACGCGGUGGGGCAGCAGAUGCAGGCGCUGGUGCGGGCGGCCAACGGGCUGCGGGCGGGGAGUGCAGCGCUGCAGCGGGGGGCGUUUGAGACGGUGCACUACGACGAGGUCAACUGCGUCAUUGCCUUCCGCCGCCAGGCUGACGGUGAAACGCUCCUGGUGGUGGUGAAUGCGGGCGAGGCCCAAUGGGAGAAGAACGACUAUGGCGUGCGAGUGGGUGGUGGUGAUAGGCCGUACGAGGAGGUGUUCAACUCGCAAGAUGCCGAAUAUGGUGGGCCAAUCAAGGAACAUCGCUUUCUCCAGGUGCCUGUAGCGGGGGGCCGCGGAACAUUCGCGGCGGCCUGGAGGCCAGCCAUCCACCACACGCGCGCAUCCUGCUCCGCCCAGCAUGGCGCCAAACUCACCCGUCAGAGCAACGCAGCCCGGACCGCCAAGAACGCGGGGAAGGUGGCCGGGAAGGUGGAGCAGAGGAGAAACCGCUCGUCAACCGUUUCCAUCCUUCAGCGCCCCUCCGUAACGCUACGCAUCUGCAGCUUGUCAAGGUCCCGUGCUGUUGUCCUUCCCCCCGCUUCCCCUCCCAGCUUCCGCGCUCACCCGUCGUUACCACCAUGA